AUGUCGGAAAUAAACCUCCAGGACGUCAUACUGCCUAAUGGCACCAUCCCAUAUGAGGUCAGGAAGCAGAUGCAAACCGGCUGCUAUGCCUAUGUCGAAGGAAUCGGCACUCCUUAUGGCUAUGUGCCCUCUCUCGCUGCAGGCAUUGUCUUCCUUGUCCUCUUCGGCCUUACCAUGAUCGGCCAGACAAUACAGUUUGCCUGGAAACGGACCUGGUGGUGCGCUGUAUUCGCCGUUGGGAGUCUCACCGAAGUCAUAGGCUGGGCCGGCCGAACAUGGUCUGCAGAGUGCCCAUACAACACCAACGCCUUCCUCAUGCAAAUCACAACCCUGAUCAUCGGUACGCCAAAGCCUACCUCCCCUGCAUACCCCGAAAUCGGACGGACCAAACUAACCCACACAGCCCCCACAUUCUACACAGCAGGUGUCUACGUCCUCCUCGGCCGCUUCAUCCAACUCCUCGGCCGCGACUCCUCAGUCCUCAGCCCGCGAGUCUACCUAAUAAUCUUCGUAACCUGCGACGUCAUCUCGCUUGUCGUGCAAGCCAUCGGCGGCGGCAUGGCAUCCGUCGCAGCAGCCCAGGAAAACGGCAACACAACCCCCGGCACAAACAUUAUGGUUGCAGGCAUCAUCUUCCAAAUGGCCUCGAUCACGGUCUUCGUCCUCUGUGCCGCGGACUUUGUCCGCCGGACAUUGCGCCGCCGCCUCCUGCAGUCGUACACCAAGACGAUUGUGCCGCUGCUUGCGGCCAUGAUCUUCUCCGUUCUGUGUAUCUAUGUCCGGAGUAUCUAUCGAACCAUUGAGUUGCUGGAGGGGUGGAGCGGGUAUCUGAUUACGACGGAGAGGUUUUUUAUUGCGCUUGAUGGCGCGAUGAUGGUCCUGGCUGUUGCCAUCUUCAAUGUUAUCCACCCGGGCUGGUUCUUGCCUGGGGCUGGGGAUGCAAGGAAGGGGAGUGAGGAAGGGAGUUUGACGGAGCUCCGGUACCGAGGCUGA